AGCUGUCUCCGCAUCGCCCCGGUCUCCCCUAGGUCAGGCCCCCGCUGUCCGGGCCGGGGUUAAGCACAGACAGAUACUCUGGGCACGUGUCUUUCCUCUCGCCUCCUCGCGUGUUGGCCGCUGGAGAAGGAAGCGUCUCGCCACCCGCUGGGCCCCGGGCCUGGGGCCGCCUCAGCCACUCGGAUUGCGGGCAGGCCGGGCCGGGGCCCGGAGGUUUAUGCUCCUACACCUGCCUAAACGCGCCUCCCCCCGGGCAGCGCCGCCCCAGCAACUGCAGGACAAUCCCGCCCUGGGGCUACCCCCGCCCUGCCUGAGCGGGGCCCCUGGGCUCCCCGGAGCUGAGUCCCUGCCUGCGCCGGGGGCGAGGAAGGACCCCAGGGUCGGUCCCAGCGCUGGUUGCGCUGUGCGUCCGGACGGCGCCAUGGCUGCGGCUGGGGGCGGCCGCUGCUGCCCGCGCGAAGGUGGUUGCGUGGCCGGGGAUGCAUCGCAGGACAAGUUACAUCCAAGAAACCUGAUUCCAGAGCUCUGCAAGCAGUUUUAUCAUUUAGGAUGGGUCACAGGAACUGGUGGUGGAAUCAGCUUGAAACAUGGAGAUGAAAUCUACAUUGCGCCAUCAGGAGUCCAAAAGGAAAGAAUUCAGCCCGAAGAUAUGUUUGUUUCUGACAUAGAAGAACGGGACAUCAGCGGCCCUCCACCACACAAGAAACUAAAGAAAAGCCAAUGCACGCCUCUCUUUAUGAAUGCUUACACCAUGAGAGGAGCUGGAGCUGUGAUCCAUACUCAUUCAAAAGCUGCUGUCAUGGCUACCCUUCUCUAUCCAGGAAGUGAGUUUAGAAUUACCCAUCAGGAAAUGAUAAAAGGAAUCAAGAAAUGCACUUCAGGAGGGUAUUACAGAUAUGAUGAUAAGUUAGUGGUCCCCAUUGUUGAGAACACACCAGAGGAGAAGGAUCUCAAGGAACGAAUGGCACGUGCAAUGAAUGAAUACCCAGACUCUUGUGCUGUAUUGGUCAGACGUCAUGGAGUUUACGUAUGGGGAGAAACGUGGGAAAAAGCCAAAACCAUGUUUGGGUGUUCUAAUCCACCACGCAACUCUCAGAUUCUGCUGCACAUGGCCCAAGCCAGAAGGGGGCAUUAUUCCACUCAUUUGACAGCUGGAUUCUACUAGUUAUUCUUGACUAUGAGUUGGUUUGGAAGGAAAGGAGGGAGAGAGGUUUUUUUGUUUUUGUUUUGUUUUAAUUGCUGUGGAUGAAUAUCUUCCAAAAAUCACUUUGAUUUUCUCACUGCAAUUCUAAGUUUCUGAAAUGCUCCACCUGCCAAUGAAAAAAAAAUUAAACUGCUUUUUUUGCUCUUACAACUUUCUCUUUAUAACUUCACAAUCAUGUAAUUUUUUUAAUUAUUAUUUUGUAGAGUGGUGGGUUUGGUGUGGAAAACCUUACGUGGAGGUUUCUUCUGUACUGCUGCAAAUAAGUAUUAAGGACAAAUACACACUGAUACAAUCUUUUACUAUAAUUUAACUUUUUAAUUUUCUUCUGCAACCUCUCUCUGUAUUGAAAUGAUUUUUAUUUAUUAUUAUUAUUUUUGCCAUCAUAAUUGCCUGCACUUGCUCUCACAAAAGAGGGUUUUGGUUUGGUCAGACUUGGACAUUUAUUGUUGAAAGUCAAUGAAGAGGGUAAUGAAGAUGUAGAGAUGAUGUGGGCAACCGCUCAGUCUCUAUCUUCUGUUAAGUAUAUACUGGAAAAAGAUACUAGGCACCAUAUUUGAUGAUGGAUUAAUAUAUUUUAAUUGUGAUGUCUCUUUUAUAUUGUGAGAUAUUUUAUUUUUUCUCAAUCUGCUUCUAAAUAUUUAGCUGUGUGCUGGAUUGUGGAUCAUAAUUUCUGCAGGACUAAUGACCCAUGGUGGUUCUUUAAUAGUUGUCUGUUGCUGCCCAAGUAGAAAAUUUCAGUAUCAGCUGACAGAAUCUACACCACUGGGCUUGAUACUUUUUUUUUUUUUUUAAAUUGCAGAAUUCAAAAAUUCGAUAUGAAGCCUGAAGCACCAGUUGAACUAUUAAUUUGUUCCCAAGUGUUACGUUAAUUUUUUUUUUUUUUAUAAUCAAGCCUAUAACUGAUCACCUUGGAAUCCUUUGCUAACUUAUUUCUGAACUAAGAAAAAGCUAACAAUUCUAUAGUCCUGUGUGAAUGGACUGAUAUUCUGUCUUAAUAUUUCCUUCACAAAGGAAUUCACUUUCAAUAAGAUCUUGUUAAAGACCAUUAGAAUUUUAAAACAGCUUGAUAAAUGUCUUCAUGACCAUAGUUAACCAUGGUAAAAUUUCAUCAAAUGUCAUGAUUUAGGAUAUAUACAAUGCCAUGAGCGUCAAAAAGUACAUUAUUGACUGAAACACAGUAUUCCAUAAUAGUGCAUUUUAGUAUCUUCUUCCACCAUAUUGGGGAAUGGCCAGUGUUGGAAGCAAGGUAUCAGUUUGGAUGGGCUAAUGGUCUGAUCAGAUAGAGUAAUUAUGUUUCUAUGAAUACCUCUUUAAAUCAAGAGCUACAGUAUAUAGAAAUAAAUUUUACUUUGCUAUGAAAAAGAUCAGUUGUCUCUUUAUUAUAUUUUAUGUAUGGCAUAAUGUUGACAGUCAGACUUGCCUUUUAGGGUAAGGAGAAAUUAUCUCCCUUUUUUGUCUCUUUUUUGUGACCUUAUGCAGUUGUUCUCCCAGGCCUACUUGGAAAUAAAUUGUGGUGAGCUGAACUUAUCCAACAAAUAUGAUGUUCUGUCUUGAUCGACAUUGGACUUUGUGAUGUGACCAAAGGUCUGAAAAUAGGCAUGUUUAGUUAGGAAUGACUUAAUUAUAGGGAACAUACCCACUAUACAUUUUGUAGGAAAAUAUACUAUUCCCUCCUUGGAAGAAUUGAAGUACUUUCAGCAGGAAGUAGUUAAUCUUUCAUCCCUUCAAAUUCUCCUAUCCUGCCCCUCCUUGAAUAAGUUACUUGAAAGAACUGCAGCACUGGUGAAAUUUAAAAUUGACCCCGUCUAUCUCUGAGGGAUGGAGUCUAAGGCCAUGUCUAAACUUACAUCACUUGGGGGUGUGAAAAAAUACCCUUGAGCAACAUAAGUUUUGCCGGCAUAAGUGGCAGUGUGCACAGCACUAUGUCGGCAGGAGAGCUUCUCCCACUGACAUAAUUACUGUCACUCAUUGAGGUGGUUUUAUUGUGUUGACGGGAGAGAUCUCUCCUGUUGAUAUAGAGCGGCUAUACUGUAAGCUCGCUAGUGUAGAAAUGGCCUAAAAUGACCUCCUCACAUGAACUUCUUCUACAGCAAAAUUCACUGAGGAAAGCCUCAGUUUUGUCUUUCAUUUCCCACUUUCUACAAGUGACCAAAUUUGGCUGUUCUUGGAUUCCUUACACUAUUUAGGAAAAACACAGCUAUUGCACCAAGUCUGAGUGAUUGCAGGUUCUUGAAUUAUUUCUGUUUCCCCUAUAAUUCACCCUCUACUUUAAGAAAACAAACUUCUGCUGGUAAUGAAGCCCCCUUUCCCUGUUUCAUUUAAUCAAAGUAGUGCCACUUUGCUUUUUCACUGAUGAUGGAUUUCAUAUUUUCUCCCCAAAUAUGACUGAAAAGCUAAUGGGCUAUUUCCUGCUUGACUUCUAUUGUUUUUGGACCCUUAUUUCCUUUUCAGUUACUUGUCUUUUGUGGCUUAGACUUCAUUAUUUCUGUUAUUUCACAUAUAUGCCCAUGCUGUAUUAUCAUAUCUACUGAACUUCAUGUAGCAUCUGUAUUUUCUUGGCUAAUUUUUUUCAUCACUAGAUGUAUUUCUCUGUACCAGACAUUUGUUUUUUGGUGGGGAGCAUUCACUGCAGCAGUCAGAGUGAUGAUCUGUGGGUUGCAGCAGGGACUGAGAAUAAGAACUCCUGUGUCCUUCUGACUCACUGUGUGAUUUUUGGCCAGUCAUGUAAUCUCUGUCUAAUCAUGCUCUGCUCGUGUUGUAGAGCUAAUUAAUGUGUGUAAAGAGUGUCAAGAUCUUUGUACAAGAUGCUAUAUAUGUGAAAGACAUUAAGCAGCUUCUGUCUUCCUUAGUGCUGUUAUCACUCCCAGAGAUAUGCUAGCAAACAGAUUCAUUGCUGAUGUUUCAAUCCAACUACAGGUAGUUUCUGUUUAAAAGCUGAUAGCUGAUGUUGACCUCUGAUACCAUCUCUAAACUGCACUAUCUCUUCAAAAGUGAAUUCCUGUUAGUAUUGAGUUCAUAAAAAAAGGUUUUCAAACCUAACAUUUACAGUCAUAGUGGAACAUAGUUAUAUUAUUGUUCAGUACUGAUGUUUAAAACAAAUACAAAAAAGCUUCCACAGCUUCUUGUUAUAUUGCUCCAUUAGUACUGCACUGACUGACUAGACUAGAGGGUACAAGGACAAGAAUUUUUCUUGCUAUCUUUGUUCUUCAAGAUUGUAUGUUAAUAACCAAUAAAUAUUUGAUCUGCUUUGA